AUGCAGGACAGCCAAUCGCCGGAAUUGGAACAAGCACUUAGGAACGAAGAUGUCACCAGCCUGCAAUUGCCCAGCAUUCAUCUCAGACCCGAGCAGAGCUUUGGCACGAGAGAGUACGGGAAUGUUUGGGGAGCAUCGCACGGAGAAGCUCUGGAAAAGAACGGAGAGAUCUCGGCUAAGGACCUUGGCAAAGGGCUCGACAACCCAAAGGGUGAAUAUAACUGCUUCUUGAAUGUCAUCAUACAGUCCUUGUGGCAACUGGAAUCCUUCAGAGAGGCUCUCUUGACAAACUCUGAACUAAGCCUGAGACCUGACGAUGAAUCUGAAGCCGCUGCCUUCUUGCGCAGUUUGGCUAAGGUUUUCUCGUCGCUAUCAGGAAGCAAGAGCGGAGUCGAUGUUAAUCUCUUCGUAGUGGACCCGACGGAGUGCCGCAAGGCUCUCAGCUCCAUCUUCAUGAGCCGCAAACGGUCACAGGUGCAUGAGAUGGCGGAUGCUUCCGAAGCGCUCAAUGACAUCCUGGAGACUCUCCAGCUGUUCUUCGAGCAGAGCGGGAAGACGGACUCUUCGGAUGCCUCGUCAAACAUCGUGCUGGGUUCCUUCGGACUCAAGGUGAAGGAGGGCUUGCGAUGCUCCACCUGUGGCUACAAGAUGCAGGAGCAGAGCUACACGCGCUUCUUCCACUACGUUCCUCCGAAGCUGCUGGCUGACGUGCACCAGCAGCUGAGGGACCAAAAGUUGUCGCCCGAGGACCUUCUGCGUGAGGCGUACGCACGUGACACAAGGACUUGCCCUGGAUGCAAGGAGGGGAACGCGAUGUUCGAGUGCUCUCAGGCUCUGUUCUCCUGCCCCGACAUCUUCAGUCUCGUGCUGGUCUGGGAGACAACAUCGGCUACUCCUGACGACAUCAGCCUCCUCUUCCACCAGCUUCCCCUCGUCCUCGACCUCUCCCUGGUCUACUCGGGAGUGCCAAGUGGCUCCAAGUACCGCCUGCGCUGCAUGGUCUGCUUCUACGGACAGCACUACGUGCUCCUGUCCUACAAGCCGCGGGUGAAGCAGUGGGUUCAAUACGACGACUCUUCGGUCAAGCGCGUUGGCGACUGGAAGGAAGUGGUGGAGAGGUGCAGACUGGGUCGAUUCCAGCCAAACGUCCUCUUCUACGAGAGGUGCACGUAG